CGACAGUUCAAAGGGCACACCCUCAGAGACUGGCUGAGAGAGAGACGGAGACAGAGAGGAUCCCGUGUGCAACACAACUUUGUAUUUCCACAGUUUCCACACUGACAGGAUCUCAUCUUCUGUAGUUGGACCAGUAUCAUCCAACGACAGGACCUAGAAAAUGGUGUUUGGCAUCCGGAAGCGCAUCCAGGACCACCUGGUGGAGCGAAGAAUCCGCAGAAGCCGGCUGGUGACCAAAGAUGGCCACUGCAACAUUGAAUUCGGCAACGUGAAGUACGGCAACCACUUUGCCUUCCUCGUGGACUUCUGGACGACCUUCGUAGAGUUCCGCUGGCGCUUUGUCCUCUUCUUCUUCAUCGCCUCAUUCACCCUGAGCUGGUUCAUCUUCAGCCUGCUGUGGUUCUGGGUCGCCCGGAACAACGGGGACCUGACAUGGCAGAACCCCCCAAGCAACCACAUCCCCUGUAUGUGGAACGUAUACGGUCUGACUACGGCCUUCCUCUUCUCCCUGGAGACCCAGACCACCAUUGGGUAUGGUGUACGCGCUGUCACCCCCCAAUGUCCUGGUGCUGUAGCCCUCAUCAUUAUCCAGACUCUCAUAGGGGCCCUCAUACAUUGCUUCAUGUGUGGAAUCAUUGUGUCCAAGAUAUCCCUCCCUAAGAAAAGGGCCAAGACCAUCUCAUUCAGUGAGGUGGCUGUCAUUUGUCCUAAGAAGGACAUCCUUUGCCUUAUGAUAAGAGUGGCCAACUUACGCAAGACCCUGAUGAUCGGGAGCCAGAUCUACGGCAAGCUGUUGAGGACAACAGUCAAACCCGAUGGGGAGACAAUCAUCAUGGACCAGGUGAACAUUGAGUUCAUGAUGGACGCUGGGAAGGACAACCUCUUCUUUGUGUGCCCUCUCACACUCUACCAUGUGAUUGACAAGGCUAGCCCUUUCUUUGAGAUGGCAGUGGACACUCUCCGUAAGCAGGAGUUUGAGCUGGUGGUCUUUCUGGAGGGUACAGCCGAGACCACCAGCUCAGCCUGCCAGGUCAGGACUUCCUUCAUUCCUCAGGAGAUCAUGUGGGGUUACAACUUCCUACCCAUCAUCUCCCGCAGCAAAGAGGGCAAGUACAGAGUGGACUUCUCCAACUUCUCCAAGGUAGCGUCCGUUGCGACUGCACACUGUGCCUACUGCUUCCACAACAUAAUGGGACAUCACCUCCCCUCCAUUAAUGUCAUUGACAAUGUUGGAUUUGAAGUUAUUGAUAUCCUAGAAUAAUUUAAUAUAACCAAGAUAUGAACUGUUGGAUGGCAAUAUGUGAAGAUAUUUUUUUAUCUUGUAAUAUUUAUAUAUACAGUAGGGUUUGAAAUGAUUGACACCCUUUAUAACGAUGACCAAUAUUGACUUUAAAAUAAUUCAUUCAAAUACUGAGCUAUAAUUUAUGCAAUUAUAUUAUUUUAUACUAAUGAAAUUGCUCAGAGAAAGAGAUUUUGUUUAACAAGUAAUAUAUUGGGGUCAAAACUAUUGACUUCCCUAAGAUUCUUAUUUAUAAAGUAGUCAAAAGUUUAGUAUUUGUUUCCAUAUUCCUAGCAUGCAAUGACUACAUCAAGCUUGUGACUCUACAAACUUGUUGGAUGUAUUUGCGGUUUGUCUUGGUUGUGUUUCAGAUUAUUUUGAGCCCAACAGAAAUUAAUGGUAAAUAAUGUAUUGUGUCAUUCUGGAGUGAGUUUUAUUGCAAAUAAGAACAUAAUAUGCUUCUAAACACUUCUACAUUAUUGUCAAUGGUACCAUGAUUAGAAAUAAUCCUGAAUAUAUCAUGAAUAAUGAUGAGUGAGAAAGUUACCCAGGGUCAAAGAUCAUACCCCUAGACAUGCUAACCUCUCACCAUUACCAUCUUGACCCUCUGACCCUCUACUUUGUUCAAUAUUAUAUGCUUUGCAGAGACGUGGCUGUAUGACUAUGUCCGUAGGACUCUGCUGUUUCUCCUUUCAGCGGCAUAGUCGGAUAAACGCAGCCGCUGGCAAGUUCAAAGGGAGAGGUGUGUCUCUCUUCAAAAACAACAACUGGUCCUCUGCUUCCAGUGUGAAGGAAAUAUUUAGCUUUUGCUCAACUGAUAUAGAAUACCUCAUAGUAAGCUGCAGACCCUUUUAUCUAUCAAGGGAGUUCUCAUCCGUAAUUAUUACGGCCAUAUAUAUUCCUCCACAAGCCACUCUGAAACUCAACAAACUGUAUGAGACCAUAAACAAACAAGAAACCUCUGGUACUGGAGCAUCGGCUCUCGGACCAACAAGCUCCGAGACAGCUUCUACCCCCAAGCCAUAAAACCCCUUUUGCCCUCAGAACAGCCAGUACAGCCUCAAUUCAAGUUGUGAUACACACAGGAAACUGUUGAGCGUGAAAAACCCAGCAGCGUUGCAGUACUUCGUACACUCAAACCGGUGCGCCUGGCACCUAAUACCAUACCCCAUUCAAAGGCACUUAAAUAUGUUGUCUUGUCCAUUCACUGUCUGAAUUGCACACAUACAAAAUCCAUGUCUUAUUUUUUUGUCAUUUAGCAGAUGCUCUUACCCAGAGUGACUUACAGUAGUGCAUACAUUUUUCAUGCUGGUCCCCUGUGGGUAUCGAACCGAGUUCUACCAACUGAGCCACACUGGACUAUCUUUAACCUGUCUCCCCUUCAUCUACACUGAUUGAAGUGGAUUUCAUAAGUGUCAUCAACAAGGGAUCAUAUCUUUCCCCUGGAUUCACCUGGUCAGUCUAUGUCAUGAAAAGAGCUGGUGGUCCUAUUGUUUUGUACAUUCAGUGUAUACACACGAAAUACACACACUACACUGACACUGACACUCUCACACGAAACCCACACACAUGCACAUACACUACAUACAUAUGCACAUAACACACCCACGCAUACCGACCACACAAACACACACACGCAUAACAACACACACACACACACACACACACACACACACACACACACACACACACACACACACACACACACACACACACACACACACACACACACACACACACACACACACACACAUACUCUUAUUAUUAUAUAUCCUAAUACUUAUCCUUCCUUUAUCUACAUAUAUACCUCAAAUACCUUGUUAUUAUCUAUUCUGAUACUUAUCCUUCCUUUAUGUACACACCUACCUCAAAUACCUCAUACCCCUGCACGUUGAUCUGGUACUGGUAAUACCUGUAUAUACUGUAGCUCCAUUCUUGUGUAUUUUACUCCUCUUGGGUUACUAUUUUUUGUUGUAUUAUUAUUUUUUAACUCUGCAUUGUUGGGAAGUGCUUGUAAGUAAGUAUUUCACGGUUAAGGCUACACCCGUUGUUUUCGGUGCAUGUGACAAAUAUAAUUUCAUUUCAUUUACUCUAACUUGAUUGAUAGCUUGAAAUGGCUUAUUGGUAGCUAGUUAUCAAGUUGGGAGAUUGGGAACUAUAAUACAUUGCUAGGUGGCUAGUAGUAUUACAGAGAAACAACAACAAAAAUACUCUUAUUUUAAUCGGACAAAUCUGAGGUGACACGUGCACCUAUGGGCAUGAUGUCUAGGAUUAUUAUUAUAGUUAUUUCUUUUUUUUACUGUUAUUGUUGUUGUAAUUAUCUCACUUCCCUUUAGCAACA